AGCAAACAUGGCGAACGUCUGUGAACGUAAAGAUGCACAUGGAUGAUAAAGUCAAUCAUAUGAACCUAAGAAUCUCAGAAUAUCAUAUUUUUGGGUAAUUGUAAUAAGRAUAAAGCUUUCAGGAUGGUCAAGGAACAGUUUAGAGAGGCUGGUGUCACUAAGAAAAUAAGCCAUGUUAACUUUGGCAUGUUCUCGUCUGAACAAAUGCAACAGUACUCACAAUUGGAAUGUGUCAGUAAAAACCUGUACAACCAGGACAACUCUCGCAAGCCAGUUCCUUUUGGAGUUCUUGAUGCAAAGAUGGGAACUUGUUCAAAAGACAGGACUUGUGACACAUGUGGCAAAGGACUUGCAGACUGUGUUGGCCACUAUGGAUACAUCGAUCUGGAACUACCAGUUUUUCAUGUUGGUCAUUUUAGAGCAACAGUUGUUAUUCUACAAUGUAUAUGCAAGAGCUGUAGUCGAGUUCUGUUACCACCAGCAGAGAAGAAAAAAUUACUGGACAGCCUGAAUCGUCCCUUUGUUAGUGCAUUGACCAAGAAGGCAAUCAAAAAGAAAAUUAUUGAAAAAUGCAAGAAAAUUGCACACUGCCCUUACUGUGAGGCAUUAAAUGGUUUUGUGAGAAAAGCAGGGCUGAUGAAGAUUGUGCAUGAAAAAUACAAGUCAACAAAAAAAAUAGUUGAUCCAGAGAUCACUACAUUCCAGAGUUCAUUUGAAUCAGCACUGGAGUACAACAAAGACUUGGUCAACUUGGUCCAUAAGGCUCAGGAGGUCAUGAAUCCCCUCAAGGUUGUUGAUUUAUUUAAGCAAAUACSAGAAAAAGAUUUUCCACUUCUGAUGCUUCGUCCAGGGUUUAGUCACCCUCAAGAUUUGAUACUCACACGUGUUCUAGUCCCACCUGUUUGUAUCAGGCCCUCUGUUGUUAGUGAUCUCGCUAGUGGAAGUAAUGAAGAUGACAUAACAAUGAAGCUGACAGAAAUCGUAUUCUUAAAUGAUGUGAUACGCAAACACAGAGCCAUUGGUGCAAAAGUGCAAAUGAUUAUGGAAGACUGGGAUUUCCUUCAGCUUCAGUGUUCUCUGUACAUCAACAGUGAAAUGUCUGGUAUACCCCUGAACAUGCAGCCCAAGAAAGGGACAAGAGGCUUUGUCCAGAGGUUGAAAGGUAAACAAGGUCGUUUCCGUGGCAACCUGUCUGGAAAAAGGGUUGACUAUUCAGGACGAACUGUGAUUUCUCCCGACCCAAACCUUAGGAUUGAUCAGGUUGCUGUUCCAGUCCUUGUUGCUAAGGUCCUGACAUACCCUGAGAGAGUUACAAAGUCAAAUAUGGAAUUAAUGAAAAAACUUGUUUUGAAUGGGACGGACAAGCAUCCUGGAGCAAACUUUAUACAACAACGCGAGACAAACAUUAAAAAAUUUCUUAAAUAUGGAAACAGGAAGUUAAUUGCAAAGCAGCUGAAGUGUGGAGAUAUAAUUGAAAGACACCUGAUGGAUGGAGAUGUUGUCUUGUUCAACAGACAGCCUUCACUUCACAAACUCAGCAUUAUGUCUCAUUUUGCAACUGUUCGUCCCAGUCGUACAUUCAGGUUCAAUGAAUGUGUCUGUACCCCAUAUAAUGCUGACUUUGAUGGAGAUGAAAUGAACCUCCACUUGCCGCAGACAGAGGAGGCCAAGGCAGAGGCCAUGGUUCUGAUGGGGGUGAAGAAUAACCUCGUCACUCCAAGAAAUGGAGAGCCCUUGAUUGCGGCUAUUCAAGACUUCAUAACUGGGGCAUAUCUCUUGACAUACAAGGAUGUCUUCUUAGAUAGAAGUCAUUUCACUCAGCUGUGCAGUGCCAUGGUAGCAGGCAGAGAUAUUGAUAAGGUCCUUGAUUUACCGCCACCAGCUAUUAUAAAGCCUUGUUGUUUGUGGACUGGUAAGCAGGUCAUCAACGUUCUUCUGAGACCAAACAAAAAGAUUAAUGUCAAGAUGAACUUAAGAGCCAAAGGCAAACAGUACACAUCUAAUGAAGACUUGUGUAACAAUGAUUCAUUUGUGGUGAUUCAUAACAGCGACUUGUUGUGUGGUGCAUUGGACAAAGCUGUGCUUGGAUCAGGAUCUAAGAAUAGUGCAUUCUAUGUGUUACUAAGAGACUACGGUCCUCAGUAUGCAGCAGAUGCCAUGUGGAGACUGGCAAGAAUUUGUCCUUUCUUUCUCAGUAACAGAGGGUUUUCUAUAGGAAUUGGUGAUGUCACUCCUGGGCAAGGUCUUCUAAAAGCAAAGGAGGACCUUCUCGAUACAGGGUAUUCCAAAUGUGAUGAGUUUAUCCAAGAUUUCAAAGAAGGCAAGCUGCAGACACAGCCAGGCUGCUCGGCAGAAGAAACACUAGAGGCCGUUAUUCUAAAGGAGCUGUCAGUCAUCAGGGACCACGCUGGUAAAGCAUGCUUAAGGGAACUUCACAAGUCAAACACCCCAUUAAUCAUGGCCCUUUGUGGGUCUAAAGGGUCCUUCAUCAACAUAUCCCAGAUGAUCGCAUGUGUAGGCCAACAAGCUAUCUCAGGCAAAAGAAUCCCAGACGGGUUUGAGGACCGUUCCCUACCACACUUUAAACGACACUCUAAGAUACCCGCUGCUAAAGGAUUCGUCAAGAACAGCUUUUUCUCUGGUUUAACGCCAACCGAGUUCUUUUUCCACACGAUGGGAGGGAGAGAAGGUCUGGUGGAUACUGCUGUCAAAACAGCCGAGACGGGCUACAUGCAGAGACGACUAGUAAAGUCCCUAGAAGACCUGUGCACACAGUACGACCACACCGUCCGUAACUCCGUCGGGGAUAUCGUACAGUUCAAAUACGGAGGCGAUGGACUGGACCCUACUGACAUGGAGGGAAAAGACAAACCAUUGGACUUUCAAAGGGUCUUGAAUCACAUCCAGUGUAAUCACGUGAUGCGCACUGAGAAUCCCCUCCCACCACAGUCAGUUCUACAACGCGUGAAUAAGAUAAUUGAUGGAGAGCAGUUCGUUGACUGUUCUGAUGAUUUCAAGAAUGAAGUAAAAGCCUUCAUGGAUGGAAUCGCAAAGAAGAUCGAUCAGACGCAGCUAAAAUAUGGAAUCGAUUUUGACAUGAAUGAGGAUGAUGAAGAAGACGGCUUUUCACCACAUCCAAAAGUUCUAAACUACGUGACCAGAUUAACAGAGUCUCAACUGCGCAUGUUUUUGAUCAUGUGCCGGGAUAAGUACCUUCGGGCCCGUAUGGAGCCAGGUACAGCCGUAGGGGCCAUUUGCGCUCAGAGUAUCGGAGAACCCGGUACACAGAUGACCCUCAAGACUUUCCAUUUUGCUGGAGUUGCGUCCAUGAACAUCACACUUGGUGUACCACGUAUCAAAGAAAUCAUCAACGCUUCACGUAAGAUCAGCACACCCAUCAUAUCAGCACAGCUGAUGCAAGAUAAUGACGCUGAAUUAGCUCGUGCUGUCAAGGGCAGGAUAGAGAGGACUCUUCUGGGCGAGGUGACAGAAUACAUAGAGGAGGUGUAUACACCAGACAGCUGUUAUCUGUUAAUUAAGCUUGCUGUCCCAAGAAUAAGACUGUUGAAGCUUGAGGUUGAUGCUUACUCCAUACGCACGUCAUUAUGCGAAGCUCGUAAAUUAAAGAUCAAUCCACAGAACGUGCAGAUCCAUAGCAAAGCCGUAAUAACUGUUCACCCAACUGAGAACAGCAAAAGCUCUUUACAUUACAUGAUGCAGUUCCUGCGAGGAGAACUACCCAAUGUGCUCAUCAAGGGCCACAAAAAUGUCAACCGUGCGAUAAUCCACAUCGACGAUGAAAGCGCGAGUGGCGAGGAACGCUACAAGCUUCUUGUUGAAGGAGAUGACCUACAGGGUGUCAUAGCAACCAUGGGUGUAAAAGGUACUGGCUGUACGUCUAACAAUACUAUAGAAGUAGAGAGGGUACUGGGAAUAGAGGCUGCAAGACAAACGAUCAUGAACGAGAUCAUCUACACAAUGAAGAACCAUGGUAUGAGUAUUGAUGUGCGACACGUUAUGUUACUGGCAGAGCUCAUGGCAUUUAAGGGGGAGAUCCUUGGGAUCACGCGCUUUGGUCUCGCGAAGAUGAAAGAAAGUGUUCUAAUGUUGGCUUCGUUUGAGAAAACUGCAGACCACUUGUUCGAGGCGGCCCUUCAUGGUAGAACCGACCCUAUUGACGGAGUCAGCGAGUGCAUAAUUAUGGGUAUGCCGAUGAACGUUGGAACGGGAAUAUUCAAACUUUUACACAAGCCGACCAAGCCAGGAAUACCGUCGCGUCGACCACUCAUCUUUGACAACAAAGAGUUUCAUUUACCACCAAUGAUGGCAGCUGCUGGCAUCACGUGAUCUAUAAAUAUGACGUCUUACUUCGUUGUCCAAUGAGAAUGGGCCAAAAGAUAUUCCAUAUACCAAUGAUGUCAGCUAGCACCAGGUGAUUUACACUGUUUACGUCACAGUUGGUUAGCCAAUGAAAAUGGUCCACAACAUGACCUAUAUAUAAUGCGUUACAUCUGCUUGUCCAUUCCAAAAUUAUCCAAUAAAUGCGUUUAUAUUGAAAA